GUUCCGGUGAAAUCGGAGCCAGUCCGCUUUGCGGUGGCUGUGCGGGGUUGAUGCGCUGUGAGAGGCGCAGAGUCUUUCUGAAACAGACGCGGAAGGCUUUGUCGUGUAUACACAAUGUCUUCUGGAAACAACCAGGAAUCCCAGACAUUAAUUAAACCAGCAUUCAGUGAAAAAGAAGCCACUGAAUUAGUUGAAAGGGUGUUUGGAUUAAAAGUAUCUGCGAUCAGAUCACUCCCCAGCUAUGAUGAUCAGAAUUUUCACGUUCACAUUUCAAGAAGUGAGGGAACAGCAGACUGUGCUGACGAGUAUGUUCUCAAAAUCACCAACUGUGAAGAUAGCCAGAAUCCUGAACUCAUUGAAGUGCAGACCCAGAUCAUGAUGUUUUUGAAUGUUGAAGGGUUUCCUUCAGCUACGCCCCAUCUUACUAAAGAUGGUAACAUAAUGUCUCUAGAAUCAUUAGGUACUGGCUCUAUGACAAAAAAGUACAUGGUGAGACUGCUGACCUACCUCCCAGGCAUGACCACGGCAACAAUCUCUACAAAUCCUCACAUUUUAUACGAGAUUGGGAAACUAGCUGCCAGACUGGAUAAAACUCUCACAGAGAAAUUCCAUCAUCCAUCAAUAAAAAGUCUGCAUCGAGGGAAGUUCAUUUGGAACUUGGCAAAUGUUCCUCUUCUAGAACAGUAUAUUCAUGCCCUGGGCCAGAACAGUUAUCGUGAAGUUGUGGAGCAAGUUAUUCAGCAGUUCAAAGAUAAAAUAGUACCCAAGCUAAGGAAUUUUCGAGCCUGUAUCAAUCAUGGGGACCUCAAUGACCACAAUAUCUUAUUAGAUUCCAACACUGCAUCACCAGAGAAUCCACAAUAUAGAGUGUCUGGUAUUUUGGACUUUAGUGACAUGAGCUAUGGUUACUAUGUAUUUGAAUUAGCAAUAACUAUCAUGUACAUGAUGAUUGAGAGCAAGGAUCCUCUCAGUGUGGGAGGGCAUGUUCUUGCAGGGUUUGAAAGCAUUGUACCAUUGACAACAGAUGAGAGAGACGCCCUGUUUCUCUUGGUGAGUGGUAGAUUUUCUCAGUCACUUGUCAUAGCCUCAUACACUUCCCUCUUGUAUCCUGAGAACAAAGAAUACCUAAUGAUCACAGCAAAAACUGGAUGGAAGCAUUUAUUAAGAAUGUUUGACGUGGGCCAAGAAGCUGUAGAGAAGAUUUGGUUUGAGACUGCAAAAGCAUAUACGAACAAUGAACCUGUGUAGCUUUCAUACCUUUAUUACAGACACAAAUGUUCAUAUACUUACAAGUAAAGAUGCACCUAACAAUUUAUGUAAUUGUACAAUUUGUGUUCACUACA